AUAGAACCGACAAAUGAUAAUGAACUGACAGUGGAAUGGUAUCACAAUGGUUAUCCUCUCGCAAAUGGUCAUCGUUUCCGGAAAACGCAUGAUUUCGGCUAUGUAUCACUGGAUAUACUUUAUGCUUUCCCGGAAGAUAGCGGGGAGUGGACAUGUGUGGCCACUAACAGCCUGGGCGAGGCACAGUCUUCGGCCUCUUUCAAUGUUAUCGGCAACAAAGUCAUUUACGAUGAAAGUCAACAUCCAGAAAGUUUGCAUCGAAUCCAGCAAAUUGAAGCGCCAAAAGAGCUACCACCAGAGCCCGUUGAACUGAAGCCGCUAGCUCCUCAGUUUAUAUCACCGCUGCAAACCAUCGAACGAAUCGAAGGGCAACCGGCCCACUUUGAAACAAGAGUAACACCAAUCAACGAUCCACAGAUGAGGGUACAGUGGUUCAAAGAUGGCGCUCCGCUCCUCAACAGCAACCGAUUCCAUCAUACUUCGGACUUUGGCUUCAUUGGGCUGGAUAUUGCAUACACUGUUCCCGAAGAUUCGGGCGUUUAUACGGUUGUUGCAGCAAAUGAACAGGGACAGGAUCAAACUGAAGGAUAUCUGGGUGUUGAAUCGAAAUCUGUAUUCCGAAUUUCGCUGUUCCCGGUUCUAAUGUUCCAUAAUGGUCGUCCAUUGGCCGCAAGCAGUCGUAUAGCAAUGAGGAAUGAGUUCGGAUUGGUAACACUCGAUAUACAUUACGUUUUGCCGGAGGAUGUGGGCGAAUUUUGUUGUUUGGCAAGAAAUGCAGCCGGAGAAGAUCAAACAACCGGUAGUUUACACUGUCAGAGCCGAGCAAGCAUUCUUGGAGAUGUGCAACAUCCGGAAAGCUGGAAGCGUAUACAGGCAUGCUUUUUUCUCUCGUAUCCAUUAAAAGUUUUUGCAGGAAAUUAA